AUGAGAAAAGCCCGUGAAGAAAAUAAGGAAACAAAAAUAAAAGGCUUUAAGUUAGAAAUUGAUGGUCAGCAAUAUUCUGCAAAUGAAUUAGACGACACAAGCAGCAUUACCGGAAGUUCGAGCAACAAGUCUGGAUCUGAGGACUUUAUUCCAGAAGAAGCAGUGGAAGUGUAUAUAAAUUUAUUAAAAGAAAACAAAAAUCCUACAGAAUACUACAAAAGUGACUUAGCGGCUUACGACUACACCUCAUAUACCUAUUAA